AGCUGACUCUUCAUGUCGAUUGCGUCCAGACAAUUUUGUUAGGACUGGUUUGUUAUUAGGAGCAGACCUGCCGUUUCCAUGUGCUUGCUUCACGGAGCACGGCAGCUCUGUAAACGGCAGACUCGACGUAGCUUGCACGCACAGGGGUUUUCAGCUAAAAAAUCCUCUAGCGACAGUUCAUUGGUUGCCCAGUUCACCGACUGCCUUUAUAAACAGGGAGCUCGAGCUCGAGUGGUAGCAGCACAGGCACAAGUGCGGUGCCAUAAGUGACAGCCACCUCAGUCUCUGUCUGUGGAGCUCUCUCUCGCGCGCGUUGCCAUCUCGCAGGUUCUUCAUCUCGUCGCUCUGUUCAGGUUCAUCGGCUGGCGUUAGCGUUUGUUCUCUCUCAUACGACUAUUUCAUGCGUCCUCUGCUGCAUCUCUUCGAUUCAUCCGUAGUAUCUUCUUUUUACAGCUAGUUUGGGAACCCAUUUUCUUAACAAUUCUAUUUUUUUUCAAAAAAAUGAACUAAUUUUCUUUAAUAAAAUAAAAGGUUUCUAAACUAGUCCUUAAGUAAAAAAAAGGGGCGGUCCCGAGCAAAGUCAAACGGUCCCGAGCAAGCAAGAAACCGUGUCGUCGAUUCUCUUUUCUCUCUGGCUUUCCGUGGCAGCAAGAAGAAGGGAUCAAAGGACCGGACCCGUCCGUCCGUCCGGCCGGCCUCCUGAUCGCGUCGCGCGCGCCCCUCGAAAAGCCACACCCCGCCGUCUGACCUCGUGGUGACCGGUCCCGCAGGCGGCGACAGGAGAUGGACGGGGAGCAGGCGGCGCGGUGGGCGGCGGCGCAGGAGGGGGUUCCCGUCGGGGCGGACCUUGUCGCGGCGGCGCUGCGGCAGCUGCGCUUCCUCGCGGCGGUGGACCGCCGCCGGUGGCUCUACGACGAGGGCCCGCUGCUCGACCGGGCCAUACGCAGGUACAAAGCAUGCUGGCUUCCGCUUCUUGACAAGCACACUAAGGGUGUGGUUGUAGAUGGUCCAUUGGUUGUUCCUCUUGAUUGUGAGUGGAUAUGGCACUGCCAUCGCCUUAACCCGGUUCAGUACAUAAGGGACUGCAAGAAAGUGUAUGGCAGAAUACUGAACAAUAACAACGUUGAGUCGUCCACUCAAACAAAGUCGACACUUGAGUCAGAAAAAGUUUGGAAAGAGCUGUAUCCUGAGGAGCCCUUCGAAUUGUUGUUCACAAGAACCUUUGACACUGCCGUGGAUGUCAACCCUGCAGGUGCAGAGGAGGACAUUACCUAUGAUCUGGUCUCGGCUGUUAAGAGACAAUCCUCUUUCUAUUAUCAGGUUGGAACACCAACAAUGCAUGAUCCACGGUUUCUCCAAGAAGCUCUAGCUCGAUACAAGGCGUUUCUUUACCUGAUCAAGAUGAAUCAAGAAAAAGGAUUGCAGCGCUUCCGUGUACCAACCUAUGAUGUGGAUCUGUUGUGGCACACUCACCAGCUGCAUCCUAUUACCUACCGCAACGACAUGGUGAAGCUUCUUGGAAAAGUUCUGGAGCAUGAUGACACCGAUGCUGAUCGAUCUGAAGGGAAGAAACUCGAUGUUGGAUUUACCGAGACUACUGAACAGUUCGAGAGUACCUUUGGUGUAAGAUACUGGAAGGCUGGAUGUAUGUACCGUGGCAACGUGCCAUCUCCUGUGACAUCCACUCCUCAGACAUUCAGUGCUGAGGUUGGUACUGGGUCUUACAUCUGCAAAGCCCAGAAAGAUCUUAAUGCCCUUGAUGUAACAGUUGUAGAGUUAUAUUUACAAAUUGUAGACAUCAAGAAUUUACCAUCUGCUGUUCAAAAAGAAAAUGUGUAUGUACGGUUCGCCAAGAAUCAAUCAGAUAUGUUCAUCAGUGACGGCGGCAGGUUGGAUAUCUCAACAGUUACAGGGAAGAACACCGGAGUUUGUUUACAGUGUGAACCUACCGGAGAACUCAUUCUUGCAGUAAUGGUUGAUCAAUUAUCAAAGAAACCAGAACCGAUAGGGAAGGUUUCUUUCCCACUGCACGAUUUGACAGGGCCUGAUUCUAAGCUCUCCUUCGAGAAGUGGUUUGAACUGAAAGCUCAUGGUGGGCAUGCCGCUUCACCUCCUGUUAGUCUUCGUGUUGCAGCUUCUGCUACUGUCCCAAGCAGCGCUCAGAAGGUGUUCACCAUGGUCAGGAUGGAGCCAUUCUCUCUCAAGUCAUGUCUUUUGCCACAUUCCAUCAAGGAUCAGAACACGGGCAGCUGGACUCGUUUCGUAAAUGAUUGUGGUACCGAGCUUAUCCGUCUCCAGAUAAGAGAGCACAAGGCGAAGAAUAGCAUGGCCGUCGUUCGAGAAUUGGUUGGAGUAUUGAAGUCAACAAAAAAGCAAAUUCAACUUGCAGAAUUCAAGGAAAACAAGUGGACCCUAAAAGACUCCAACUUGCCAAUAAGUCAUGGCACUGAUGGCAGUCUACUCGAUCUCAAAGGUGACAACCAUCUGAUCAAGCUUUAUCGGGGAAGGAAACUGGAAUACGAGCGCAAAUGUUGCAGCGCUCACUCUGAGGACGUAUCAGCUGUUACUGCUGUAAAGUUCUGUGCUGAACAUCCAUAUGGCAAAGCCGUUGCCUUGCUAGACACUGAAGCUCAGCUUAUCAUGGUGAACGAGGAUUGGCUCCUACUUCCAUGGAUCUCCAUAUCAGUCCUGUUUAUGGACGGCGAUGGCGGUACGAAACUUGGCGGCGGUGCCAUGGUUCAGAAAGGUACAGUGUUUGGAUCCGACACUAGCAUGGUGCUAGAGACACAGACCGUCGGAGCAGGGAGCGUGGCAUCCAAUCUAGCACAAUGUGGCACUUGCAGCGCCGUGUUCGGUGGUGAUGAUAAAGAAAUGGCGAACUGCAAGGUUGAGCAUGCGAGCUCUGGCGCUUCUCGCACGGUUGUUGCAAGUGGUGAGAAUGGGCACACUGAGACUGCUGGCUGUGGAGGCGGCUGUGGUAGCAAUUGUGGACCCAUGAUGGCUGAAGACCCCAAGGCCGGCAAUGCCAAGUCCGGAGGCUGUGGUUCGGGGUGUGGUGGUGGCUGCGGUGGCGCGGGAGGUUGUGGGACCAUGGCCAACGAAGGCCAAUCCAGGUCCGGAGGUGUUGGCACCUUGUUGAGCUCCAACGCCAUGGGUGGUGAGGGCCAGCAGGCCCAUUCAGCUGGCUGUGGCUCCGGCUGUGGUGGUGGCUGCGGCAGCGGCAUGGUCAUCGAAGGCUCCAAGGUUAACAACGUUAACGCCAUGUCCGGCGGCUGUGGCUCUGGUUGUGGUGGUGGUUGCGGCAGUGGCAUGGUCAUCGAAGGCUCCAAGGCCAACAACGCCAUGUCCGGUGGCUGUGGCUCUGGUUGCGGUGGUGGAUGCGGCAGCGGCAUGCUCAUCGAAGGCUCCAAGGCCAACAAAGCCAUGUCCGGCGGCUGUGGCUCUGGUUGUGGUGGUGGUUGCGGCAGCGGCAUGGUCAUCGAAUGCUCCAAGGCCAACAACACCAUGUCCGGCGGCUGUGGCUCUGGUUGCGGUGGUGGUUGCGGCAGUGGCAUGGUCAUCGAAGGCUCCAAGGCCAACAACGCCAUGUCCGGCGGCUGUGGCUCUGGUUGUGGUGGUGGUUGCGGCAGUGGCAUGGUCAACGAAGGCUCCAAGGCCGCCAACACCAUGUCCGGCGGCUGUGGCUCCGGUUGCGGUGGUGGUUGCGGUGCCCUGUUCAACGCUAGCACUGCUGCCGGAGAGGGCCUGCACAAUAAGUCGGCUGGGUGCGGCGGCGGCGGGUGCGGCUCCGGGUGCGGCGGUGGCGGCGGCUGUGGUAGCGGCAUGGCUAUCGAAGGCUUCAAGGCCAACCACGCCAAGUCUGGUGGCUGCGGCUCUGGCUGCGGUGGUGGUGGCUGCGGCACCCUGUUCAGCUCCAGCGCUGCGGCCAGCCAAGGCCAGUCCAGAUCCGGCGGCUGCGGCUCUGGCUGCGGUGGUGGAGGCUGUGGCACUGGCAGCAUGGUCGCUGAAGGCUCCAACGGCGGGAACGCCAAGUCCGGCGGCUGUGGCGGCGGUUGCGGUGGCGGAGGUGGCUGCGGCGGCGGAGGCUGUGGCGGGGGUUGCGGCGCCGUGUUCAACGCAUGAUCUCGGUGGAGUGGAGGCAUUUGUGCAGACAUGCAGUCGUCGUCGUCUACUGCUAGAUACCACAUGCUACAGCAUACUGUGUAUUGCUGUGCAUAAUCUACUAAAUAAAAGGAAUGAAUAAACAAUGGAUGGAUCGGCUGCCUCCGUGGCGUUUCUGCAAACGAAAAAUCUCGGUGUUGUUGGGUGCAGGGAUGAGGAUGAAAACGAUUUCAAACGGUCCGAAA